GUACACGAUUUUAUUCAUUAUCUGUGUUGUUUAUCUCCGCCACAUUGCACAUCUCUCAACAGGGACGUUCUAAUAUUCAGCACUUCAUCAGGGUUUUUUAUGUCAAAUGUGACUCUGCAAUGCACAGAAACUCUAGCUUUCAGAUAAAUGUAGUGGAGUGUACCUUAAUAGCUCAUCAUAUGUUUGUUUUUUUGUAAAAUCUUGCUGUGAAAAGUUAUUAAAGCGGUUAGUCAGAUAAAUGUAGUGGCGUAAAUACUACAAUAUUUCCCCUCAAAUGUUGUGAAGAAGAACUAUAAAGUAGCAGAAAAUGGACACACUCAAGGAAAAAGCAGUGAGUAAAUGUGCUUAGUUACUUUCCACAACUUCACUACAUGUGGUAAAGACUACCAGUGUGAUCUCAAUCAGCAUUGAGGCUUAGACUUUAGGGGAAAUGUUCCCCUAAAAAAAGUCCUUUUCUGUGUACUAAAAUACCUCCAUUUGCCUUUGUAAGAGUUUUAUUUUAGCAGAGGGAUUUCUAGAAAAGAAAAGAGAGUCAGAGAGGCUUUAGGCAGCAUAGAGACGGGAUAAAGCUCUGUAUGAUACGGUGAGUGUAACACAAAUUAAUCUGAUUAAAGAAUUACAGCAUUCCAUGGCAGAAUCUCACAUAAUCAUCCGGGAAAAAAAAUGCAGAUUUACAAUGUUGUAAUGUUGAAAGGUCAGCUGCCCUGUGUUUCUCUCUCUCUCUCUCUGCUUUAUAAAUGUUAUGCCUAAACACAAAUCGAUUAUCCUCGACUUUACCUAAAGAGCUGUCUGGUUAGCCAAUGACAGCUUUCCUCCAGAGAGUUUACUCACAUCCCACGUGGGUGAUCAGGUGGGGCAGGACGGGUUAAUGAUUGACGAGACUGAGCAGAGGGCAGGUACACUUUACACUCUCACAGAGAGGCUAAAUGUGGGAACAUGCCACCUAAAUUUAACUGCAGAUAAUCCAAAAAGUACUUCAGCCGGGACUGAAAACAUCAGAUGAUGAGCGGCCAUCCAUAAUCGAGCUUGGACAAUCAGCCGACCCUGAUUAGGACUUUCUUCCUUUUCAACGAGUUGCUGCCGCUGCAGCCGCGGUGGGAGCCGGAGUCGCCAUGGAGACAGUGGUAAUCGUGGCCAUUGGGGUGUUGGCCACCAUUUUCCUGGCCUCCUUCGUCGCCCUGGUGGUGGUGUGCAGACACCGCUACUGCCACCCUCACCACCUGCUGUACCCUUUCGACUCCAAACCCACAGUGGAUCUGAUUGGAGCCAUGGAGACCCAGAGUGAGCAGUCGGAGCUGGAGCUGGAUGACGUGGUCAUCACCAACCCUCACAUUGAGGCCAUCUUGGAGAACGAGGACUGGAUAGAGGACGCCUCUGGAUUGGUCUCUCACUGCAUCUCAAUCCUGAAGAUCUGCCACACUUUGACCGAAAAGCUGGUUGCCAUGACAAUGGGUUCAGGGGCAAAAGUCAAAGCACCGGCCAGCCUCAGUGACAUCAUCAGUGUGGCCAAACGCAUCGGCCCCAGGGUGGACGACGUGGUCAGGUCCAUGUACCCUCCUCUGGAUCCAAUCCUCCUGGAUGCCAGGGCCACCGCUCUCCUCCUUUCAGUCAGCCACCUGGUGCUGGUCACCCGCAACGCCUGUCACAUGUCUGGCAGUAUGGACUGGAUCGACCAGUCGCUCAACGCGGCCGAAGAUCACAUGGUGGUUUUGCGCGAGGCGGCGCUGGCCUCGGAACCGGAUCGAAGCAUGCCUGGAGCUGACGCACAGAGAGAACAGGCCAUCUAGACAUUUAAAAAAAAAAAGAUACCAACACAAAAUACAAUAUGUCCAUGUUAUCCAUGUGCUUCUGUACUCAGUUGACACUUAAAAAGCACAUAUUCUGCAAGACAGUGUUGGAAAAAGCACGCCUACCAAACUUAUCAUCCAGUCCAAAUUAACAAGGACUCUGAAUGCUGUGCUGAUGGAUGCAGGGACUUGACUCCGUCCCUCAUUUUCACUUCUCGCAUAAAAAAAGAAACCUUGGAAAUUGUUUCUUUAUCAUAUUCUUACCAAAAAGUGCUUAAAUUGACUCUGCAUUCACUACAGCUACAUAGUAAGUAGAUGUCACACAUUCAGAUACAGGUGAGGUUUGUAUGUGUGUAACCUGCAGCAGAUCUAGACUUGGUCUGUUCAAAGUGCCUGUGAGGGAGAGGUCUUGGAAAUCUUUUUUCUCGUGUGCGCCAUCACCCAGCGGUGGGCCUAAAUCCAAUCUCGCUAGCACUGCACCAGUCACAUGGAGGCUUAGUCAGCUAAUCCAUUCUGAGGAAAAUAACAUCCAGUUAGCCAGUGAACCCAAAGGGGUUCCAGCUCAGUGGACCCAUGGAAGACUAACCGGACUUAUUUACAAUUUGUGGGGUCAGCGUGACUUGUGAAUGUGCUAAAACAUCCCUCAGAUACUCUUACGCCGUUAGAAAUAGCCGGCCUGUGAGUUGAAACCAGUUUUAGCCACGUCAGCAGCAGAGUAAGAGUUUUUUUCCUGUUGAGUAAUUCCCUUUUGUCCCAUUGCUGCAUCGUAUUAUGAUAAAUUGAGGCUGUUAUCGAUGGAGAAGCACCACUUUGGUCUACACUGAAGUAUGUCAACAGCUACUCGAUGGAUUAGCACAAACAUUUGGACAGACAUUCAUGGUUCCCAGAGGAUGAAUCCCAUUGACUUUGGUGAUCCCCUGCCCUUUCCUGAAGUGCCAUCAGCAGCUCCACCAUUGGGAUUGAGUGUCUCAACAACCUUUGCCUUAAAAAUCAGCAGAUAUUCAUUUACCCCUUUGUACAUUGUGUUUAGUGCUAAUUUGCAUAUGUUAGCAUGCUGACACACUAAACUAACAUGGUUAACUUAAACAUCAGCAUUUUAGUGUUGUCAAUGUGAGCAUGUUAGCAUGCUGAUGUUAGCGUUUACAUCAAGUACAGCCUCAUAGGGCUGCUUGCGCAGUUGUAGAAGUCUUGUUCUUCCCCGGUAUGAUUUUCUGACAGUCAGCAGUGGACAGUGAGUCAAGAAACACUUGUUCUUUAAUUCUGACAACAAAAACGUUUUUAGAAAAAGCUUAAACUAUAAAAUCAACAGUAGCUUCUGUUUCUAUCUACAUUCGUCCAGUAAUAAGGAUAUUACACAUAUCAAAGUAUCAAGACAUUUUAAGUGCAUCACCAUCAGCAGAAAUAUUGAGCGUUCACACGAUAGAGAUACAGUAUGUCGUUGUGUAUUACCGUGUUAUGUGAGGCUGUUUGGAACAGCGUGUUGAUUGAGGAGCAGAAUGAGCGUGUUGUUUUGGGCCAGAGGAAUGUUAUUGGAGCAUGUCUACCUGCUCUCUCAUGCAUAGCUAAUAGUGAAUCCCCAAGGAGUCCUAAUAAGGCAUUAGCUUACCCACAGCCACAAUGAACACAUGGGCUUAAGCUGCAAUACACAUGGCACGAACCUUUGUACACACAAGGCAGGCAGACAAAUGAACACAUCAGUAUGACACACGACUGUAAAAUACACAUCAGACUACGGAGUCAAACACUAGUUUUAAGGUUUUGGUGACAAUCGGGAGGCGAAUCGGCGGUUUUAAAAAUCUGUUAACUGAAAUUCAGCAAAAACGGUAGCUUUGAGCAUGCAGAGAUGUUUUAAUGUAAAGGCAUCAAUAGAGGAGGAAAACUAGAAAGUUUAGCCUUUUAUUUUUUCUUGUUUACAUUGUUUUUUUUAGCAUUGAACCUUUUUUAUGCACUCCUUUGUUUUCUCACCCGUAUCCCAGUUUGUUACUGAUGUCCUUCCUUCACUCCCACACGCCUUUUUCUUUUUAUCUUUCACUGAUUUGUACAGAUACAAUUUAAUAGGAAAAUGUGUUUGGGUACAGAGAAAUCCAUGUCUGAUAAAGAGUUCACACACUCAUACUAGUUUGACAUCAAUAAAAGUGAAUUUCUUUGCUCUUUUUA